AUUCGCAACCGGAUAAAAUCUACAAAGUAAUCUACACCUCUGGGUCGCGUGUUGCAAGCGACUUUAUCCAAAUCCUAGGACCCGGAGAGGAAAAGUUGACGGGAAUUUCUCAGGGAUGGAUGUCAUUUCAAGGAGGUAUCAAUCGACAUGGUACUUUGGAUGCGUCCUUUAUCCCAGCGAAAUGGAUGCCUGAACCAGACACACCUUCGCCAAUGACAUUUUAUACGGAUGCAUCCGGCAGUGGGAUUGGCAUACAUGGAACCUUAAUUCCUGCCACAAAGAUGGGAGAGGUUGCCUAAUUCAUUUCAGAUGAAGGAAGCAUGUUUAACCCAGUAGCCGGACUGAUAUUAUUUGAUAGACCAGGAUUGCUACCAAUGCAAUAUGUGGCUUCAAAAGCACUUGGGGCGGCAGGGGGUCUUGUAGAUGCAGCAAUGUCAAAGGGCCAACUAGCAAUGUCAGCCAUGUCUCAGGGAGCUGGGAAAGUAGCAUCGUCGCUUAAAAAUGCUUUAGGGGGAAUUUUAUCCUUGGGGACAAUGAUCAAGGACGCAGGAUCUAAGCUGAUGGUCGGAGGUGCCCUCGGGUCUGGACCACCUCCAACUCCACCAACAGCAGCUCCUCCACCUGCACCUCAAAAAAUGACGGAGGAGCAGGUCAUGCAAUCCCAGCAAAGCCAAAUCCUCCUCCAGGCAAAAGCACAAAUGAUGGCACAGCAAGAAAGCGCAAUUCAACAAUUGAGCACGACCACAAACACGACGCAACAUUACUCUGGCUCCUCAGCCGGCGCUGCUGUUAUGGACUCGUCGAAUACCACAGCAUCGAAAUUGGAAUCAACAUCUUCCACCCAGUCAGCCCCAUCACCUGUUCCUUCCUCACCUCCUCCGCCUACAGUAGUUGCCGCCCCAGAAGCUGUCACUUCAAUGACGGAAGUUGAGGAGGAAACUUUCCAAACUUUACUUCACGGGGGUAGCGUGACGUCAACGUCUAAUGCCUCGUCCUCCUCCACUGAAACGGUGCAGAAUUUGUACAUACCGCCCAAGUACGAAAUAUCACUCGUCCCCAUGGGGGCUGAGAAGCCACCACUCGCAAUGUCUGAGCAAAAGGAUCUCUCAGUUCAUAUUAGAGGGAUGUACUUUACAAAUACAAUCACAACCCAAGUUUUUGUCCCAUUUACGGGAAUUAUGGGAUCCUUUGUCAUCAACAAUGUUUCCCCAGUUGACCCAAAAGUCCAAAAGAUUGAGGGCAAUUUCAACCCACGACAACCUAUCUCACCUACCGACUAUGGAGGUAAUAAGGAAGAUGGAGAAUUCGUGGUGGAUCCGUCACGACCAAGUAAUAUAAAUCCUGCCAGCCUUCCUCCCGGAGGAAAAACGAAUGGGGUAUUUUUUGCCAUGGGUUCAACCGCUACAGGCGUAGCCGGAUACAUCAUCAGCAAGGAAGGUGGCAAGGUAGGAGUGGAAUUUUACUUUUAUGCCAGCGCUGCCAAAGAAAUUGGUACUUGGAAUCAGAAAGGUGAGUCAGGUUGCUUUAUGUUCAACGAACUGGGAAACAUUGUGGCGUUCGAUGACAGCAUACUCACCAAGAGGGCCGAAGAGGAAAAGAGAGUACCAGGACAAAUAAAGGUGUUUAAUUUCCAAGGUGCUGCGAACGCACCUAAAUACGACAUUUACUACCCCUUGGAAGGUGGGGCUGGAAAGUUGUCGGUGCCUGAAACAACAAUCGUAGUUCAUGGAACCUUCCUCCCUCUCGGACGAGGAUACACUGCAACAUUCAAGCCUGACUCGGAAUCUCCACAACUGACCGAACUAGCAGCGAAGGGUCCAAUUCAAUCUUCAUUUGAACAAGACGAAUCUCCUGCGGUGACGGGUAUUUUUCCAAACAACGGGAUUACGGGAAAGCUAUCGUUGAAGGAAGGCGCCUGGGAAAUGGUGCUUGAUAAACCUGGUCGGCGGGGUCAACUUACUCCUGGAAAAAAACCACUACCAGGGUUUUACGUAUACUGUGUUGGUCUGGUUCAAAAUGGGGGAGAUACUCGUGCACCACCAACCGUGAAAAAGGGAAGAAGUUUUAUGAAACAGCCCACGCAGGACAAAAAGGGGCGAGGUUUUGCAAAGACAAAGAAACCAAAGGCCCCACCCGGAUCGAGUGUGAGAUCUUUGCUAGGCCAAGAUUUUGGAUUCUAUUUAGAGCAGAAUGGUUAUGCUCGACCUAAAGCUGACGACCAAGGGGGCAAAUUAUACAGUGUGUCUCUUUCUCCGAAAGCAUCGGUUGGGAAGGAAUUGGACGGAUGGUUGCACCCGUCGACAACAGCAGUUCAAAUCUUUGUACCUAAAAUCGGCACAGCAGGGACCUUAACUGUAUUUAUACCCCCUGAAACGCCCUCGCUCACCGGGACAUUUACAACAAUGGGCGGUGGAGAUACGGCCAUGUUUACUCCAUCGGACGGAGCGCAAUUUGACAAGAUAGUCUCCAGCAGUGGUGCGAAUAGAAUUGGUGGGCAUUUUACUCCAAAUGACGCAUCCAAAGAGGAAGGAGCAAUUCCAGUAGUAUUUUCCAAAGGGAAAUUUGAAUUCUGGAUUUACAGCUUGACAAAUCCUGCUACACGGGGCCAUCUGAACGCUGAUGGCACUUUUAGCACCCAGCUUCAUCUUCCAAGCAAAAAUCCUAUUCCAGCCGAGAGUGUUCAUGGCGCCCAGUAUGGAAAGGGGUCAUCCCUCACUCUCCCAGACACCCAACUAACGAAAGGAGUAUUCCUCCAAGGCAAUACAGGCAACGGAUUGACUGGACAGUUACUUGCAUUCAGUGGUGCCGAUGCAUUUUUCUGGACGGAAGCCACUGAAAAUAUCAGUGGCGUUGUGCUUGGUUCUUUCGUUGUUACUGACAAAUCCGCAAUGCGAGGAAAUUUACGCUCUACACCAACUCCUCACUUGUACAUCUUCACCCCACAACUGACCCCGAUACCGGGUUGGAUUAGUUCAAGCAAUACCUUCCAACCUGAUUCACCUCCAGAUAUUUCCCUCCAUCCUGGAUGGAAGACUCAAUUCUUGACUAAACUCAAGCCCAAUAUUACUCUUACAUGGGAUGGCGAAAUAUUUUACGGGUUUGGAAACUGUCCCCACGUUCCACUAGCUCCGGCUAAACUACUCCAAGCUGAGAAUGAUGAGGAUGUGAUUGCCUUCUAUCUUCAGCUGUUAAGAACACAUUGCAAUGCGGAAAGCAGGAAGCAUGCCACGAGUCUGUUGAGAGAUGGUUUUCUUGUGGUCAGGAACAAAAUUCUGGUCGUUCCGGAGGACUCUAAAUAUCUAUCCGCUCCAAAACUCACACGUUCUCAAACCGAUGCAAUCUCCGCUGCUUUUGAGCUAUCCGUCUUCUCGUUGACGUAUUCCGAAGGGGUGAAAUCCUCCCAUGGCCUGGAUCCCGUCCGUUCUUCGAGUGGGGCGCGUAUCUCACGAUCCACCCACUUCCUCAAGGAACACAGUCUUUUUACCCUCCAACUGAGUCGAGAACUUGUCCCUCGACAUGCCACCCGGCUCACGAGAAACUUGUUGUCCACUCUGGUCACAGCGUUGCAAAAAUUGCGACAAGAUUUGUCCGCACUUGAAGAAUGUGUGGAUUGCGUUCUGGACAAAGAUGUAACUCACAAUGAUUCUCUCGAAUUGAUGGGAAUGAUUCAAUAUGUGAUUCAUGAAGGAGCAUCGAUCACUACGCCAUCAUCAAAGUUAAGGGCAUCGUUUGCCACGUUUACGGAAAAGCAUAAGGAUUUUGUGGGACGGAUGGUGGAUAAAAUGAGGGAUGACAAAAAGUAGUGAAACGGAUAUACGAAUUAAGUUAUGAUUGAUUACGUGUUUAUAAGUCUAGUCUCUCCAUUGUUUUUUUUCUCCUCUUGAAUAUGUCGACAUCUUUCCUAUCUAACUUAAUAACUUAAUAAAU